AUUGUAUGUUUGUUUUAAAAUUACCGCCCUGCAACGAGAAUCAAUCAAUACUUUUGCGUCGCCAUAAUUACUCCAACGUGUGCUUACUAAUAAUAAAUUCGACAAAUAGUUUUUUCUGUAAACAAACUUUACAAGAAACUUCACAAAUUACAGAUUUAUUGAACUCGAUGCAUGAGUUAAUAACCUCUGAUAGUGAUAUUUAUUGCAAUGAUAUUUAUCACUAUAAUUUUAUUUAUUUUUUUUUUAAAUGUCCCGGUUGGGACGAAAACGCCUUCAACCCGCCUCUCUAGGGUUAUUUAGCGUAAACUUCAAAACCAUUUUUCCAUUCAAUCCCUUUUAAACUCAAUAACACGUUAUUUCUCCAUUCAAUCGCUUGUAAACUCGAUAACACGUCCAAAAACUCAAAAAUACAACAACCAAAAUCACAUACUAUAAUUUUAUACGCUUUACUUGGUUAGAUUACCGGCACUGAAACUUCCUACGGGAAUAAACAUGGCGGUGGCAAACGUCAAACUACAUCGGAAAUUAGUUACUAAACCUGUCACACUCGUGACUCGUGUGUUGCUAUUUGGAGCGUAAUUAUGUAAACGGUAGCUGUGAGAUUCAGUUAUUAAUCGUGCACCAUAGCUCUCUUCCCUCUUCUGCGUGUUCGAUGCGGAGUCAGCCGAUCGAAGGAGUAGUGGAGGGGAUCACCUUGACUUGUCAUUCAAAUUUAGCCGGUCCAUGCUCCGAUCACGCUGUCGAUUCGAUUAAUGAACACUUGCGCGUGAUAUCAGAAACAUGGGAGGAAAAUGGUCCAGCAUGGAUCCCUCGCAGGUCGAGGUUCCAGAAAUAGAGACCCUCUUGAAGAGGGAUCCUUAUUUGAAGCCGUACGAGAAUGACAUUCGCCGGAGAUAUGCCAUAUUCCUGGAUUACGUUGAGAAGAUACAGGCAGGAGACGGGGACCUGAAACAUUUUACAACGGCAUACGAGAGUUUUGGAAUUCACGUUCAAGAUGACAACAGUGUCGUUGCAAUGGAGUGGGCACCUGGUGCGCAGGAAGUGUUCCUCACUGGAGAUUUCAAUAAUUGGAACAAGACUGCUACGCCAUAUAAGAAACUGGAGUAUGGAAAGUGGGAGCUGCGUUUACCUCCAAAUGCGGAUGGCAGUUGUCCUUUGAAGCACCUGUCGGAAGUAAAACUCAUCAUCAAAGAUCACAAUAACGAGUUGCUGGAAAGACUGAGUCCUUGGGCGACUUACGUAAUGCAGCCACCGAAUAAAUCCGAGGGAACUACUUACAAGCAACGCAUAUGGCAUCCUGAAAAUGUGUACAAGUUUAAGCAUCCCAAGCCGAAGAGACCGGAGAGUCUCAGGAUUUACGAAUGCCACGUCGGGAUUGCUACGCAGGAGCUGCGGGUCGGUAGCUACCUGGAAUUUGCCAAAUUGGUGAUACCAAGAAUCGUGAGGCAGGGGUACAACGCGAUACAGCUGAUGGCGAUCAUGGAGCAUGCUUACUACGCAAGUUUUGGGUAUCAGGUGACUUCCUUUUAUGCGGCUUCGUCGCGCUACGGAACUCCAGAGGAGCUGAAGGAAUUGGUGGACGUGGCGCAUCAGCACGGUCUGUACGUUCUGCUGGACGUGGUGCACUCGCACGCCUCCAAGAACACCUUGGACGGCUUGAACAUGUUCGACGGUACGGACGCGUGUUUCUUCCACAGCGGCAGUCGCGGCGAGCACUCGCUCUGGGACAGCCGGCUGUUCAAUUACGGCGAGUACGAGGUACUCCGAUUCUUACUGUCCAACUUGCGUUGGUACAUCGAGGAGUAUGGCUUCGACGGAUUCAGAUUUGAUGGUGUCACAUCGAUGUUGUAUCACUCGAGAGGCUUGGGACAGGGCUUCAGCGGCCAUUACGACGAAUAUUAUGGCCUAAACAUCGACGUGGAAGGCAUAGUGUACCUGAUGAUGGCUAAUCACAUGCUGCACGAAAUUUAUCCAGAGAUCGUCACGAUUGCCGAAGACGUUAGCGGCAUGCCAGGCGUUUGCAGGCCCGUCGCGGAGGGCGGAAUGGGAUUUGACUAUCGAUUGGCCAUGGCUAUCCCCGACAAGUGGAUAAAACUGCUAAAGGCAGUCAAGGAUGACGACUGGAAUGUCGGUGACAUUUGCUGGACACUGUCGAAUCGCAGAUGGAUGGAGAAAGCGGUCGCUUACGCGGAAUCUCACGAUCAAGCCCUCGUGGGCGAUAAAACGAUCGCAUUUUGGCUCAUGGACAAGGAGAUGUACACACACAUGAGCGUGCUAGGCUCGUCCAGCGACAUCAUAUCGCGCGGCAUUGCCCUCCACAAUCUAAUCAUGCUGAUUACGCACGCUCUGGGUGGGGAAGCUUAUCUAAACUUUAUGGGCAACGAGUUUGGUCAUCCGGAAUGGCUGGAUUUCCCGAGGCACGGCAACGCGGACAGUUACCACUACGCCAGGCGUCAGUGGCAGUUGGUGGACGACGAGCUACUCAAGUACAAGUUCAUGAACAACUGGGAUCGCGCCGUGAACACGCUCGAGGAGAAAUACGGAUGGCUGCAUGCUCAUCCUGGCUACGUGAGCUGGAAGCACGAAGACGACAAGGUGAUCGUCUUCGACCGAGCGGAUCUCGUGUUCGUCUUCAAUUUUCAUCCAGUCAAGUCGUUCGCCGAUUAUCCGGUCGGUAUAAAAAAUCCGGGAAUGUACAAAAUCGUCCUGUGCAGCGAUGAUGAACAGUUCGGUGGAGGACGUCGCGUAGACACGAACGUGCAACAUUUCACGCAAGCAGAACCAUUUUCCGCGCAUCCACACAAGAUGAUGAUCUACAUUCCGUGUCGCACUGCUGUAGUUUACGCGCGGAUUGAUGGAUAACUGCUGUCUCCAUGGAAGCUGUCCAAGAAUCCAUGAUGUAAUAACUGAAGAAAAUCGAGUUUAUUACGACUGGGAUUAGAACAGUUGCGUAAUAGUCUCCCAAGAGGUCCUAUUUUUAUAGAGUAUAACUCAGGAACACAUAAAGAGAUAAGCGAUCAAUCCUAGAAAAAGCUUUUUCUUUGGAACUGUUAUUUUUCUCUCUUAUGUCCAAGUGCCUGACUUAAAAUAUACGAGAUAGGUUUUAUUAGAGAUCUUAUGGAUUGUAUCAAAUUAAUAUUCAUAAGUUCGACGGAACAAAGAUGUUCCUUUACGCUGCAAUAGACUGUCACUAACAAUUAUGCUUACGUACUUGUAUAUCUGUACAAGUGCGUCUCUCCUUCCAGUCAGAUUUUUAUAUUAAAAUGUAUAUCUGUAUAUUUUGGUUAUUAAUUUACAAAUGUACAUGGUUAAAUGUUCCAUAAAACUCUUUUGAACAAUC